AUGUUUCUGCAGUACACCACCAUGGCCGUGUUCGGUUUCACGAUGAUGUUCAAUUUAUUAAACUUGUACUCGCUCGUCGAAACGUUUGAUAACUACAUGUUCCCGACGUGCGAGAUGUGUAAGGAGUCGAGUUGCCAUAUCGUAGAUAAAAGACCGUGCAUAACUACAUACCGGGAGGGACUCAAUUUUUCUUGUUAUACGUGUGAUAAAAACGAUGAUGGCGUAAAACAGCACUAUACCGAAGAUCUAUGCAAGGAAACCUGCACGGAACCGGGGAAGGCGUGCAUUUGUGAUUUUGAAUGUUACAUUUGCAUCCCAAAAUUGGGCGAUAUGAAGAAUUGGACUCGAUGCAAUCAUUACCGUGUUCAAGAACCAACGUGCGUGUAA